UAAUUUUUUUUAAAUGAAAAAAUAAACUAUCUUUAUUUUUAAUUACAUGUUUUUUCAUUGAUUUUUCCUUUUUUUUUUCAAGCUUUUUUCUUUUUCUUUACCUUCUCUUCUUUCUUGCUGGUCUACACAUCAGUUUCUUCGAUUUGUUGAUCUAACCUUUACUCUCUGGAUCUUUCCCUUCAAUGGCCACUGAAGAUCCUGGAGAGAGAAACCAAAUUAGCCAAAGUAAAGUGAGUGGCUUCGUAGUGAAUUAUAUCAGUUUUUGAUGAAUUAAUUGCUAAAGGGCCUAACUUUGGCGAGGAAUUUUUUUGGGGGGGGGUGUUUUUAUCUAGUCUGAGGUUUGUGGGUCGGGUUUGAUUUGUUUGGAUUUGAUAUGGGUGGGUGUUUUCCUUGUUUUGGAUCAUCAAACAAGGAGGGCAGUGGUGGUGGUGCUGCCGUCAAAGAAGUGGCUAAGAAGGAUUCGGUCAAAGAAGGCUCAGUUGCUCAGUCUCACCAUGUUAGUAGAGUUAGCUCAGACAAAUCAAAAUCCCAAAAUGGUUCUGAUCCUAAGAAGGAGCCAGCAAUUCCUAAAGAUGGACCAACUGCCAAUAUUGCAGCACAAACAUUUACAUUCAAAGAGCUUGCUGCUGUGACGAAGAACUUCAGACCAGAGUGUCUGUUGGGUGAAGGGGGAUUUGGGCGUGUUUACAAAGGGUAUUUGGAGAGCACUGGACAGGUGGUUGCUGUAAAACAGCUCGAUCGGAAUGGACUUCAAGGAAACAGGGAAUUUCUUGUUGAGGUUCUCAUGCUUAGCCUCUUGCACCAUACCAACCUCGUUAAUUUGAUUGGUUAUUGUGCUGAUGGGGAUCAGCGCCUCCUCGUUUAUGAGUUUAUGCCACUGGGAUCAUUAGAGGAUCACUUACAUGAUCUUCCACCAGACAAGGAGCCUCUGGACUGGAACACAAGGAUGAAGAUUGCAGCUGGUGCAGCUAAGGGGUUGGAGUACUUGCAUGACAAAGCAAGUCCACCUGUCAUUUACCGAGAUUUGAAGUCGUCCAAUAUCCUUCUUGAUGAGGGCUAUCAUCCCAAGUUGUCAGAUUUUGGACUUGCAAAGUUGGGUCCUGUCGGUGAUAAGACUCAUGUCUCUACACGUGUGAUGGGAACAUAUGGUUAUUGUGCCCCUGAAUAUGCUAUGACUGGUCAACUUACUUUAAAAUCCGAUGUCUAUAGCUUUGGAGUUGUCUUUCUUGAACUCAUCACUGGGCGCAAGGCCAUCGAUAAUACCCGGGCUCCUGGAGAGAAUAAUCUUGUUGCAUGGGCGCGGCCGCUUUUCAAGGAUCGUAGGAAGUUCCCCAAAAUGGCUGAUCCAUUGCUUCAAGGGCGUUAUCCAAUGCGAGGAUUGUAUCAAGCUCUUGCAGUUGCAGCCAUGUGCUUGCAAGAACAAGCAGCCACGAGACCUCUAAUAGGCGAUGUGGUGACUGCACUCACUUACUUAGCUUCCCAAACAUAUGACCCUAAUGCUGCCAAUCAAAGUAACAGAAUUGGGCCAUCUACUCCUAGGAACAGGGACGAUCGAAGGGGGAUGGCAGGUGGGCUGCAUAGCCCAGAUGAACAUGGACAUGAUGGACAGCAUGGUUCUCCUUCUACUCACAAAAAUUCACCUGAUUAUAGAAGGCGUGAUACUGUCUGGGAAUUAAGCAAUGGCGCAGAGUUACGAAGGAGUGAUGCCAGUGGUGGGUCUAGUCGAAAAUGGGGUUUGGAUGACUCUGAGCAACAGGACUCUCAAAGAGAUAAUCCAGUAAAUAACUGUAGAGCAAGGGAAACUUCAAGGAAUCGUGAUUUAGAUAGAGAGCGUGCAGUUGCAGAUGCAAAAGUUUGGGGUCAAAAUUGGAGGGAGAAAAAGCGGGCAAAUGCAAUGGGUAGCUUUAAUGGUACAAAUGAGUAAGAUUGUAGUAGAAGGCCAAUUCAUGUUACUUUCUUUGGUUUGGGCAAUAUAUGUUGUAUGCUUCCAAGGAAAGAAAAGCUGCAGAUACAGCAUCCAUAACCGUCUUGGUUUCUAUUUCCACUCAGGGAAUAACACUACUUGUAUCCAACUUAGACUGCUGUUGUUUUGUCCUGUUUCAUUCUUGCAGUCUGAGUAUGAAAUUGAGUGCUUCAAUUAUACGGUUGAAGGAAGGAGAAAAGAGAGUUCAAAAGAAGGGUGUUCAGGGCAAGAGGGUAAACAUUUGGUUUCAGGCAUUUAAAGGAAACCUCACUGCAGAAUUGAUGUAUGCAACAUGUUAAUCUAUGUAUUUAGGGUUUUUUCUUUUUUUUCUCUUUUCUUUUUGAAGUUGUUGUCACAGAUGGAAGAUAGCUAAUUUUUGCCCCGUGUAUUUGUCCUAAAAUGUGGGGAGACUUGGUGGAUUUGGUGUGGGUGUGUCGUUGGUGUCCAUCUUGUACUCGUAAGUACGGUCUUGUGUAUGGAUUUUCCAGAGACGAUGAUGUUUCGGCUUAUACAGGAAGUUUUCAGGA